AAAUAAUGCUGUUUUGCUUGCCAUUUUAACUCCAAAGUGUAUUGUCAUUCAGGGUGAGAAGUGUUUGAAAUUUAUUUAAUAAAAAAUAUUGAAAAAAAUGGUUUUUUUAAGUGAAAUUCCAGGAAGAUCUUUAUCAGAUUAUGCUACAGAAGGAGCAAAAAUGAGAAAUUUCAAUCCUUAUGCUGAUAAUGGAGGGAGUGUUAUAGCUCUUGCAGGAGAUAAUUUUUGUGUAAUAGCAGCAGAUACGCGUCUCAGUACAGGUUUUUCUAUUUAUACGCGUGAACAACAAAAACUAUUUCCUUUAUCAUCAAAAACUGUUUUGGGUUGUUCAGGUUGUUGGUGUGAUACACUUACUUUAACUAGAAUUUUAUCUGCUCGAAUGCAGAUGUAUGAGCAUGAACAUCAAAAAGAAAUGCCAACACCAGCAGUUGCACAAAUACUAUCAACAAUGUUAUAUUAUAAACGUUUUUUCCCUUAUUAUGUAAGUAAUAUUCUUGGUGGAUUAGAUGAAAAUGGUAAAGGUUGUGUCUAUAGUUAUGAUCCCAUUGGACAUUGUGAAAUAACAAAAUACAGAGCAGGUGGUUCUGCUGGAGCUCUUUUACAGCCUCUCUUGGAUAAUCAGAUUGGGUAUAAGAAUCAAGAAAGUGUUGAACCUGUUCCUUUGACUCAAGAGAGAGCUGUUGCAAUUAUAAAAGAUGUUUUCACAUCAGCAGCAGAAAGAGAUAUUUACACUGGUGAUUCCAUAUUUAUUAAAAUUAUAACAAGUGAUGGUAUACAAAAUUUCAGUUUUGCAUUGAGAAAAGAUUAAUGAAAUGGAAUAAAAAUAAUGUAUUAUUAAAUUUCCAUAUGAAUAAAAUUAAUAUUAAAAAAUAA